AUAUCAUUUUUAUCGUUUCACAACAUGAAUAAAUUCAAUUUGUAUUGUUCAUUGGUUUCAAGUUUAUUUAUAAUCAAAGAUUAUCAAGGAACAAGGUUGUGUAAAUAUUUAUGCGUGUCAUACCUUAUCAAUAGUUUUAUCUUAAAUGCACAUUUUAAUUUUAUUUCGAAAGCUCAAAAAAGAUGUCUUUGUCCACUUCAUUUUUGAGAGAAGAUAUCAGAGUUGUUGUUUCAAUUGACUUUGGUACAACAUAUUCCGGAUACGGUUAUGCUCACAGAAUCAAUCCUAAUGAUAUUUCUGUAGAAAACAAAUGGAUAGGUCAUGUAGGUUACAAAACUCCAACAAUUAUAAAAUAUGAAGACGAUGAUAACACUAUUGUUCAGUGUUGGGGGUCGUUUGCCUUACCUAGGAUGAGGAAUACCGAUCAAAGAAAACCCAUGCAAUUAUUUAAAUUAUAUUUAUUGGAAGAACCUUCAAUGGAAUUACCUAAUUUACCAAAUAAUAAUUAUAAAGGAAUUAUUAUAGAUUAUCUGAAAGAAUUAGGCGAAAAGAUUAAAGACGACAUAAAUGGUACUUGGGAAGUAGAUUUUAAUAGUCAAGUGUUAAUCGUACUUACGAUACCGACGGAAUUUGAUGAUGAAAAAAUUGAAAUAAUGCGUUAUUGCGCCCAUAAGGCAAAAUUAAUUCAAUUCGAAGACAGUAAAAAUCUGAUAUUCAUUACAGAACCUGAGGCUGCAGCAAUACAUUGUCUAAAUUUUGUGGAUGAGGUACGAAAUUUAAAUCGUGAAGAAUCAUUUAUGGUUGUGGAUUGUGGUGGUGGUACAGUAGAUUUAACAUGUCAUGAAAUAUUAGCAAAUGAUAGGAUAGGUGAAAUAACGGAAUCUAAAGGUGGAAAUUAUGGGUCAAGUUUUGUGGAUAAAAAAUUUAUAGAAUUUCUUAGUCGUAAGUUAGGAAAACCUACUAUUGAAUUGUUAGAUAAAGAGUAUCACAAUUCUUUACAAUAUAUGGUACAAGAAUUUUGUGAACAUGUGAAACUUCCUUUUACAGGGCAAAAAACGAAUUUUCGUAAUUAUGAGAUAGAUUUAGAAGAUUAUCGUUUAAAGCACCCCUUAACUUUAAAAGAUAUUAUCAAGGAAGGAAACGAGAAAAAAUUAUUAGAAAAAGCUGAUUGGAUAAUAACACUUGUAUUUGAAGAUGUUAAAGGAAUGUUUGACCCUUUUAUAACCAAAAUAAUAAGCUUGAUAGGAGAUCAAUUAAAUCAAUUACGAAACAAAAAUAAAGAAUGUUCAGCCAUGAUGUUGGUUGGUGGAUUUAGUGAAUCUAAAUAUUUACAGGACAGGAUUAAAAACGAAUUUAACAGCAUUGUGCCGAAGAUCUCCGUUCCCUCGUUACCUGUAAUUGCUGUCAUAAAGGGUGGUGUUAAAUUUGGACUUGAUGUGGAAUCAGUGGUAAAACGUGUCUUAAAGCGAACAUACGGAACGAAUGUUGUAAGAAAAUCUAAACUAGGCGAUCCACCAUCAGAAAUGCUUCCAAAUGGAUAUACUGUUGUUUUUGAGGCAAUUGCAAGUCGUGGUAAAGAAAUCUUGGCAAAUGACAAAGUAAUUAAGGAAUUUAGACUAUCUUCAUCAACGCAACGUAGUGUCAAUUUUAAUAUAUACGUGACAAAAGAUCCUGAAGCAAAAUUUUGUAAUGAUCCUGGAGUUAGUUUACUACGUCGUUUAGAAAUUGAAUUGCCUGAUGACGACGACGACGACGACGACGACGACGAUGAUGAUUAUGAUGAUGAUGAUUAUGAUGAUGUAAUCAUUUCACUUACUUUGACCUUUGGUACCGUAGAAAUUUUAGCUACUGCUAAAAACAAAAAAACUGGUGAAAACUAUCGAAUUAAUCAAAAACCUGGGGUUAGAAUUAGAAUAUGAGCAAUUUUCAAUUUUUUUUCUUUUUUCAUACAUGUAUUACCGGUAAUCAGCUGAAUAAAUUUAUAAGUUAAAAAAAAAGAAUAAUGUCAUGAAAUCAAUCUGACUAUGUGAUCCAUAUUGUUUUUUUGCGCAGAAAUUUGGACCGUAUUUUUCAAAUAACUUAUAACAACUUUAAAUAAUUUUUCAAUUGCUAUUAAUUGGUUUUAGUUCUAAUACUGUAUAUUCUCAAUACUUUGAGGUUCUUCAUACUUUCUUCAUUUAUUAAUGAAUCAUUGGUAUUUGAUGAAUUAAUAUUAUCUGAGUUAAGUUGCUUGUAGUUCAGAAAACGAACUGUAAAUUAAUCUUAGAAUGAUGACCUUUGAUGAUGAUUUGAAUGGGGAUAAAUCAAGCAAUACUGAUAAAUUUUUAAAAUUUUACUUAAAUUUCA